AAAGAAAGCAAGAAGAAGAAGAAGAAGAAGAAGAGAUUUCACGUUGCUAGGAAACCUUUGUUUGGCAUUGUCAGCGUGUGAAGCGAAAAGCCACUUUAUUUUCAUUUGAGGUGAUAAUAACGCUUUCACAAAUAAUGCCGCCAAAAAGAAAAUCUUCCAACAAGUCCCCAAAGGGCAAAACUCCAACAGUAGUGGAUGGCUUGUCCACAGAUGAGAUGUCUAAAGAGCAGUUGGAAGAGCACAUUGUGCGUCUGCGAGAGGAGCUGGACAGAGAACGAGAGGAACGCAACUAUUUCCAACUAGAGAGGGACAAGAUCCACACGUUUUGGGAAAUCACCAAAAGACAACUGGAUGAGAAAAAGUGUGAACUGAGAAACAGAGAGCGUGACCUAGAGGAGGGCGAGGAGCGCCACCAAGUGGAAAUUAAGGUUUAUAAGCAGAAGGUGAAGCACUUACUUUAUGAAGAGCAAAACAUGCUCUCUGAGCUGAAGGCUGAAAGUGUUGUCAGCAGCAAAUUGCUGCAAAAGGAGCACGCUGACUUUGAGAAUCAGCUACGGAAGGACAUGUGUUGCUUGAAAGUGGACAUGAAAGAGCAGGAGCUGUCCAGUGAGAAUGUGAUCAAGAACCUUCAUCUGAAACACAAUGAGGAAUUACUAUUCUGA